AACGCAGCAUAAAACGACAGCAGGGAGAGAUGAAAAGUCUGGAUCAUGUUUUCAUUCCAGCGAAGGCGCACUUGAAUGCGAACAGACAUUUUGUCUGAGAGCACAGCACAUCUGUUGACUACGAGGGGAUAUUGAUGUUGUGGUUCGCCGAGCGAGGAGCUGGUUGAUAUCUGUUAGCUCGCUAACGGAGGAGGAGGAGCUGCUAGCUCGCCAGCUAGCCACACCACCACCAUCACCAUCAUCGUCGCUCCAAGCCAACUGUGCAUCGCCCGGUCUACCCGCGAUGGGGAACGCAACUACUGCCAAGAAAGGCAAUGAACAAGAAAGCGUGAAAGAGUUCUUAGCUAAAGCCAAAGAAGAUUUUUUAAGAAAAUGGGAGUGCCCACCACAGAGCACAACAUGCCUGGACGACUUCGAUAGGUUCAAAACUCUGGGAACUGGCUCUUUUGGCCGAGUGUUGCUGGUCAAGCAUAAAGGAAACCAGUUCUACGCCAUGAAGGUCUUGGACAAACAAAAAGUGGUGAAAUUGAAACAGAUAGAACACACGCUGAAUGAAAAGAGGAUACUGCAGGCCGUCUCCUUCCCAUUUCUCGUCAGAUUGGAGUACGCUUUCAAGGACAACUCAAACCUCUACAUGAUAAUGGAAUAUGUGCCGGGUGGAGAGAUGUUCUCACACCUCAGACGCAUUGGAAGGUUCAGUGAACACCACGCACGAUUUUAUGCAGCUCAGAUAGUGCUCACCUUUGAGUACCUUCAUUCCUUAGACCUCAUCUAUAGAGACCUAAAGCCUGAAAACCUGCUCAUUGAUCAACAUGGGUACAUUCAGGUCACAGACUUUGGCUUUGCCAAAAGAGUAAAAGGCAGAACCUGGACAUUGUGUGGAACUCCAGAGUACUUGGCUCCAGAGAUCAUCCUCAGCAAGGGCUACAACAAAGCUGUGGACUGGUGGGCACUUGGAGUCCUUAUCUAUGAGAUGGCUGCUGGUUACCCUCCAUUUUUUGCUGAUCAGCCCAUUCAGAUCUAUGAGAAAAUUGUGUCUGGAAAGGUACGUUUCCCGUCACACUUCAGCUCCGACCUGAAGGAUCUGCUGAGAAAUCUGCUUCAGGUGGACUUGACAAAAAGAUUCGGAAAUCUUAAAAAUGGCGUUAAUGACAUAAAAAAUCACAAGUGGUUUUCCACAACAGACUGGAUUGCCAUAUAUGAGAGAAAGGUUGAAGCACCCUUCUUACCCAAGUGCAGAGGACCGGGAGACACAAGCAACUUUGACGACUAUGAAGAGGAGGACAUUCGUGUCUCACAAACAGAAAAGUGUGCAAAAGAGUUUGCUGAAUUCUAGUCAGUGGAUGAGAGUCCCAUCAGGGCUCACAUGUUGUUUUGGGAUAUUUGCACUCUCCUACGGGGUUAAGGGGGAACUGUGGCUGAUAAUGUGUCCGAAACAAAUGCUCUGUUCUUUUGUUACACACGGCUGAAUGAGGUCCUUUAUGCCAUGAUCUUACAUGCUGUUCAGCACAGAAGCCUAUAUGCAGACACGCCAUUGUGUUUCAACACAAGAAUAUGAGACCAUUGUCUCAGCUUUUGUACCGUUUUUUCUUUAAAUUUUUUACUUCUCAAUUUUAGUUAGAAUUGUUAUUUUUGCAAAUAACAUAAUUCCAAAUUAUUCAUAAGUGUCACAAGUGGUGAUACAUGGUAGCAUCUGAUAUUGCACAGAUUUCUUAUUCUUUUGGACGUCAUCAUUCAGCGUCUUGGUGGCUUGUACGGAAAGGCUGUGGGAAAUAUCUUGCUUAUUGGUUUAAUUAAAAAAAAUAAUAAUUUGGUCCAAGUGA